GUCUGCGUGUGGGGCCGGGGCAUCUGCUGCUCAUGGACCUUGGCCCCUGGGGUCUCCAGGCUGAUGGGACGGUCCGAGGACCUGGGGGUCAUCUCCAGGCCCCCCAGGUCACUGAUAGCCCCGGGGGUCUCCAGGCUGGUGGAUUCACUGCAAACCCCUCUGGUACCGAGCUGCGCCCCCCAAGCGUCUGCGCUGCCAGGAGCCUCCGCUGCUCCUGGGGCUCGCUCCAAGGACCUCCGGCCCCCCGGGCGUCUCCUCCGGCCCCCCGGGCGUCUCCUCCGCUGCUCCUGGGGCUCGCUCCAAGGACCUCCGGCCCCCCGGGCGUCUCCUCCGGCCCCCCCGGGCGUCUCCUCCGGCCCCCGGGCGUCUCCUCCGCUGCUCCUGGGGCUCGCUCCAAGGACCUCCGGCCCCCCGGGCAUCUCCUCCAGCCCCUGGGGCCUCCGCUGCUCCUGGGACUCGCUCCAAGGACCUCCGCCCCCCGGGCGUCUCCUCCGGCCCCCGGGGCCUCCGCUGCUCCUGGGGCUCGCUCCAAGGACCUCCGGCCCCCCGGGCGUCACCUCCGCUGCUCCUGGGGCUCGCUCCAAGGACCUCCGGCCCCCCGGGCAUCUCCUCCGGCCCCCGGGGCCUCCGCUGCUCCUGGGACUCGCUCCAAGGACCUCCGGCCCCCGGGCGUCUCCUCCGCUGCUCCUGGGGCUCACUCCAAAGACCUCCGGCCCCCCGGGCAUCUCCUCCAGCCCCUGGGGCCUCCGCUGCUCCUGGGACUCGCUCCAAGGACCUCCGGCCCCCGGGGCCUCCGCUGCUCCUGGGGCUCGCUCCAAAGACCUCCGGCCCCCCGGGCAUCUCCUCCAGCCCCCGGGGCCUCCGCUGCUCCUGGGACUCGCUCCAAAGACCUCCGGCCCCCGGGCGUCUCCUCCGCUGCUCCUGGGGCUCGCUCCAAGGACCUCUGGCCCCUGGGUGUUUCCUCUAACACCCAGGGCAGAACUCAGCUGUUCAGGGGAUGAGCUCUGAAGACCUUCAUCUCCUGGGGUUCCCUGCAACUCUCACGAGUCAUUCCAAGGAUCUCCAGCCCCUGGGGUCUCCGUUGCUCUCAGACCAUGCCAAGACCUCCGGCCCCCAGGCCUCUCCUCCAGCUCUGGGAGUCUCCAUUGCUCUCAGGACGUCCGGGCCCCGCAGUCUCCGCUGCUCUUGGGACUUGCUCCAAGGACCUCCAGCCCCUGGGUUCUCCUCCACCCCGGGGGUCUCCACCCCCUCAGGACUUGGUCCAAGGACCUCCAGCCCCUGGGUUCUCCUCCACCCCGGGGGUCUCCGUUGCUCUCAGGACUUGCUCCAAGGACCUCCAGCCCCUGGGUUCUCCUCCACCCCGGGGGUCUCCGUUGCUCUCAGGACUUGCUCCAAGGACCUCCAGCCCCUGGGUUCUCCUCCACCCCGGGGGUCUCCGUUGCUCUCAGGACUUGCUCCAAGGACCUCCAGCCCCGGGUGCCCGCUCUCUUGGGACUCUCCACCCAGCCCCCCGCCGGCGGGCGGCUCCCACCUUUGCCCUGUCUCCUCCGGGAUGCCAGCCAGCGCUAGGUUCCUCCGCCACCACCACCUUGUCUCUUGCCGCCCCGCCCCGCCCCUCCACACCUGGGAGGGUGCAUUGCGAUUGGACCGGCCGUUGCCUAGCUACCCUGGGCACUGCGGUGCGAUUGGCCGACGAAGGACGCCCCAGGUGUGAGAUGGUACCUGGCGCCUCUGGCAGCACCUUUAUUUCUUCUUGUCUCUUUGGUUUCCUUAUGUUCUUUAAAGACAAAGCAGGUUUUUGGUUAAACUCUGUGCGGAGUUUUUGGGGGGAGGGGCCCAGCCUGCAAGGGGUUAAUGGAUCUGUGGGGCAGCAGGGUUCCCAGCUCCCUCUUCGGGGUUUGAGCUUUGGGGGCAGCGUGGGGCCUGGAGGUCAGGGGGGCAGAGUUGGGUCACGCGGCUCACAGAGAGUAGGGUGCAGCCAGCAGCUUGUGGGAUUGGGGUCAUGGGAGGCAGUG